AUGAGCGCUCAGAGACACCAAAAGUCCGUCCUCGUUACUGGAUGUACUCCAGGAGGCAUUGGCUGCGCUUUGGCUCAAGAAUUUCAAUCACGCAACUGCAAUGUCAUCGCCACAGCCCGCAAGCCUGAAGCUCUGACCGAGCUGGCCGGUAUGGGCUUAACCGCAGUCCAUCUUGACGUGGAUAGUGAAGAAAGCAUUGACGCUGCCAAGAAGCGUGUUGAGGAGUUGACGGGCGGCAAACUCGACAUCCUUGUCAACAAUGCAGGUGUACGGUACAUCAUGCCAUUGACGGAUGCAGAUCCAGCACGUGUUCGCUCCGUUUUUGAGACCAAUGUCGUUUCCGUGAUGGUGCUCACCAAUAAGCUGUUGCCACUUCUCCUAGCAUCGGAGGGUCUCGUUGUCAACAUCUCCUCCUACUCAGACCGGUUGGGAUACCCAUUCAAAGGUGUAUACGCCAUGUCCAAGGCCGCUUUGUCCAGCUAUUCGCAGAAUCUGUCGGUUGAGUUGGCGCAUUACAAUGUUCGUGUUUUGAACGUCGUCACAUCUUUUGUCGCCAGCAAAGGGCAGGAUGGCGUUCACGAGGAGUGGCCCAAGGACAGCCUGUUCAAUUCCAUGCGAGACGAGGGACAAAAGGUUGGAGGUGGGAAGCGGAUGACGGCGGAGGAGUAUGCGAAAGAGGUGGUGACGGAGGCUUUGCGAGGUAAGGGGUGGUCUUUUGGCCCUUUCAGGUUCUUCGGGACGAGGGAGACGAUGCGCGUGGGGACGAUGUGCAUGAAAUUGUGGCUUCUGGAGACACUGGGUUAUGGUUGGAUCAGGUUCAUGAUGCUCAGAAUGUGGCCCUUUUGGAAACUGAGGGAUAGCCUGCGGGCGAAGAAGACGAACUGA